AUUUCAAGCUACUACGAGUAGUUUCGUCGUUUCGUUGUCGUGGAUCACUAGAAAACAUGUAGCUUGUGGGCUGUUUGACAAGCAAAGCGCCACAACCUGUCUGUUAGAACCGUGUCUUUUAAAGCGGUUGCAGCCUUGUCGUGGAAGUUGCACCGCCGCGCUGGGCCUGAAUCCGAGAAGGUCACAGAAAGACGAGAAUCAUCUACUUGCGGAGCGGAGAUAAAAGCCUGACCAAUGGCUGGUUUGCCUCGGCCUGCGGAUCACCGUAGGAAAUGGGACCGCGAGGAGUAUGAAAAGAUCGCCGAGGAGCGGCUUCGGCUUGAGGACGAGGAUGAUGAGCCAUCGGUUCCCGUGAAGCGAGACGCGCUCAAGCCCAGAGACUACAAGGUUGACCUUGACUCAAAGCUCGGGAAAACUUGUGUCAUAACGAAAACAACGCCUGCUUCCCAAGCUGGUGGGUACUACUGCAAUGUCUGCGACUGUGUUGUUAAGGAUUCCAUCAACUUCCUGGAUCACAUCAAUGGCAAAAAACACCAGCGAAACCUGGGCAUGUCCAUGCGUGUUGAGCGCUCAACCUUAGAUCAAGUCAAACAGAGGUUUGAGGUCAAUAAAAAGAAGCUUGAAGAGAAAAAGAAAGACUAUGACUUUGAGCAGCGUAUGCAGGAGCUUCGAGAAGAGGAGGAAAAGCUGCGAGAGUAUCGCCGUGAAAAGCGCAAAGAACGAAAGCGAAAGCACCAGGAGUCUUCAGAGGAUGUUGACCCAGACAUGGCUGCCACCAUGGGCUUCUCAGGAUUUGGUUCAUCAAAGAAGUGACGGUGCACACUUACAAAAUAAAAGAAACAAGUUUUACUGCUCACAUCA